AGGUCCCGCGGAUUGAAGAUCGCAUAUUUCUGAGCUGUUCAAAUUGUUUGUCAACCUUGAUCGUUUAAGAGGUGAGAUGCAACAUUCUUGUUUACUUUGCUCAGGCUUCAUAAAAUACCAUCCGAGUAGUUUACAACAAAUAUUGAUCUUUCUUAGCGUUUAUUCGAUUUCAUAUUUACCCUUAACCCGAUGUGCCCGAUUUUUGACAUGUUUGGAGUUUCACUGUUGUUAUAUAAACGUUCUGCGCGGAAAUAUUUGUUAUGUUAGCUAAGUGAUUCAAUUGAUGAACAGAGAAGUCACUGCGCUGCGCGCUUGAAAAGUUCGAAACUUCCCAAUGUUACACGAUAUUCUAGCGAAAGGCAUCACUAUGGGAUAAGUGCGUGAGAUACAUCGUCAAGAGAUAAGUUCAGACCAUUAUCGUAAACUUAUAUUUCUACUUAGGCCCCCAAUAAUUUAAUAUAUAAACGAAAAGGGAAGAUACCCAUGACAAAAGAUUAUCGUGCUUUCAUAUGGGUCUUUAAAAAGAACUUACUUUAUAUGUUAGGCGAUCUAAAUUGUGGCAAACCUUUCGAAUUUAAAACGUGGUCAAAAGGGAAAAGUGAAGUUUUCGAAACUAGGGAUAUCGAAUGCAUCUGGCAAAUGUGUUGGCGAAAUUCGAUAGCUCAAAGACCUAUCUGUUUCUCAAAACUUCUACGUAUUUAAAUUUCGCUUUUCAUCCGAACAUACGGUGUCUAUGAAUUGACAGAACGAAGCGGCAAAAAGCUGUCAUAUGACUUAAUGGCUCAAUGCUUUAAUAUUGUAUACUGCUGAAUUUUAAAAUACAUCGCCGGUACGUGCAUUUAGACUAUCUUCAUCGACGUUAUAUUUAUUUUACAUUAAUGAACCGGUUAUCACUCACUCGUACGUGCCGAGAAAAGUAAAUAACUAUUGUAGUUCAGUACGGUUGUACAGUUGUCAUCUUGUACUCAGUCGCUUUUAAUUCAUCUUUCCGUUUGUGGAUGGGAGUGUUUUGUGAAAUUCAAUCCCCACGCUUCUUAAUGCAAUUUAGACAUUUCACAUAUGAGAUCUUACUAAGUGAAAUGAAUUAAUACCUUACUCUUUCGGAAACUGAGUUAAAAGGCGAGGUGAGAGCUCCACGGAAUAGGAAGUAUCUUUAAAAAAUCAAUUUUCAUUCAUGAAUUUCGGUUUUAUCCUUCAAUAAUUUUAUUUGCGUGACCUUUUUGCUAAAAUUGGCUUUGUCGAUUUCUGUAAUAGUAAUACGUAUUCAUAGCUCGAUGUGAAUGUUUAUGGAGAACCAAAUUUGGAAUUCUGAUCUUUUUGAACUUAAGGGCACUUGAAGAAAAGUAAAUGACGAUCCAACUUUUAAGGUAUAAAAAAUAAAUUCGUAUAGAAUUUGACACAGGUGAAACCUUUUCCUGUUGGAGAAAUGAAUGAUGAGCUGAGUUGGUCCAGUUUUAUAUAGAUUUCAGGAAAUCGAUAGCAAAUGAUAUAUAAACUCCAGUAAUGCUUUGUUGUUUUAUCGUUUCAAAAACUAACAAGAUAGUAGCCCCCUAUUUGGUCAAAUUUUGAAAUUUUAGCUUCGACUGAAUAAAUACUGCAUUAAAUGAGCCGACUUCCUUAAAGCAGCCAUAAUGUGAAGAUAAGGGGGAAAAACCCAAGUUCCGAGAUCGACCUAAUUAUGGCGUGUAAUUAGUUAACCAUCCCAGUAUUUUAUUUGUAAUUAUGAAAAAAUACAUAGAAAAUUUCCUUUUUCUUUUUAUCUAUCAAGAAAUUGGACCCUCAAAACAUCGCGUGAAGCCGCAGUUUAUUUCGGACAAUGUGACGCCACAUACAGGCGGUGGAGAAACGUUUUUAUUUUCAAGAAUGGUUUCCAAAUUCAUAAAGGGAUUUAAAAGGAAUAAGCGGACAGCGUAGUUUCGGUGUUUCAUAUUUUAAUUCAAAGUUAAAAGCGUAAGAAAAACUGUAAAGAAUCAUGUCUAAGAUUUGUUUUAUUUUGUUAUGAAUCACGAAUUUCUUGACAAAUAUGACUUUCUUUACCGAUCGCCGCUCGAUAUUUUGGCGCCAAUUGUCAAAUUAACUGAAAACAUCUAUCGGCACCGAAAAUAUACUAGAGUUUUUCUCUUGUUAACAGUUUGACCUUUUAAUAAUUAGUCUUGCCUCAGCGGUCGAAUCAUGUUAGAAUUAAUGUGGAAAAGCUUGUUAAAUUGAUUUUUAGUAGCCGCAGGAGAGGAAGAUGACUUGUGGACUUUGCAAAACGUUUCGUUUGUUUUCUAUAAUUAAUAUUUACAAGCCAAAGAGCGCCGCACCAGAAGUCUCUCUUUCAAACCUUGGCUAAUUGUUAGUAUAAUUCAUGAAGGAAAUGGAAUCUGUAAUGGAUUAUUAAAGAAGGAAAAAACACAGCGCAGGGCAGUCUAAACUGUCUUUGUUGUCAAAAUUAAAAAGAGCGGAAAGGAUUAUUCACUACCCGCAGGACGAGAAACUGACAAGAUUUUUCUUAUAGAAAGGUAAACAAUUAGAGUCAAAUUGUUCCAAUGAAGUGUAUUCAAAACCCAGAAUAUUAUUUUUAAUCUUUUUUACGUUAAAUAAAUAGUUUCCACUUCUUCAUUGUCUUAAAAUACAAUGAGUCGGUCAGUAGCGAGUGGCAAAAACUGCUGGGAUCUCAGGUGAAUUUCUGUUUUUAAUUAAGCAGGAAAUGAAUGGAGUUUGCUUUCUACUUAGUUUUCAAUUGUCUUCGUCUCGACCAUAUAAAGUAUAUUAAAAGACAGUAUAACAGGAAAUCAGUCUUAUGACAAUUGUUUUAACUGUGGAUGUAAUUAACUUUCUAAAGGAAUGCAUUGUGAAUGGAACAAACCACAGAUUUCGAGAGUUUUUAACAAAAUACAGAAAUAUCGGAUAUGCCAAAAAAACUAAAUUUGGUCAAAUUACUCUAUUGUACAGUAAGGCAUGUGGUUUUCUUCCUGUCUUUAUCAUUAAAUAUUACUGUAAACUGUUAACAUAAUACUGGUUUUAACACUCUUAGAGAGAAAUAAUUGAUAACAAGCACUUUUUACUGGUAAAGGCAGCCUUAUUCAGUUACCGAAAGAAAUGAAUAACGUUAUAACUUAAAAUUCAUGAGAAAUAGGCGACUGCGAAUGGCGACUUUCAAGGAACGUUCUUGUGCCUUAAUCAGGAUAAACGUUUGAAUCGAUGUUCGUAUUUUAACAUUUCGUUAAAUGAAAAAACACCGAUUGUAAUGCAAUGAAUGCAUGAAACACUUGGGACACGUUGAUUUCACGAUUUCGGAAGUUGAAUAUUGGGAGAUUUUAGUUAGAUCUGUUUACUAAUUUUACAAGGGAAAUUGUGGAAUAGUUAUCGUUGAUUGGAUUUGCAUAAUACGUCUGCAUUUAGUAGGAAGGCUCGGGGCCAAAUCAGGUUAAAAGAGACCAAAACAUCGAGAUGAAAGGAUAAUUUUAUGUGGUCAUGAUCAUGACUUUUAAUUUCUCUCUUAAUUUGUCUUGUUCGUACUUGAUGGGAUUUAUGUCCCUAAGAGCUUCGUCCUUUCUUCAUUUUUUUUCAAUGAUCGAAUCAGUUCUCUAUUUUGGCUCUUGCGUCUGUUUACUGUUGAAGAAAUACUCACAAGGCAAAGUAAAUAUGUUACAGGUCACGAGCGAUGAGUGAAUAAAUAAGAGAUAAGUUUGGUCAAACAUUGUUACUUAUAGACCGGGGGACUAAAUUAUUUCAUGUACUGCUAUAUUGUCGAUUAGAAACAGUCUCAGGAAUAUGGGCGAAAAUGGUACGAUAUGAACUUACGUGUAAAACCGUUUUGUGUUGUAGUCGAGGUUGCCAAACACCUAAAAAAGACUCAUUUCAGGAUUAUCAUUGCCAUUAUUAGUUUUUUGUUUUGUUUUGUUUUUUUUAGGUUUUUCGGUUUAUUGUUACAAUUUAAUGUACUGUUCUUGCGAUUGGAAAAGAACACCAAGAUGAUUACUGGUGCGCAUAUGGCAAUAAAAUGAUAGUGUUCUUCACCCAAUUUCAAAGUGUUUGCUUGCUUUACAAAUAUGGAAUAUCCACCCUGAACUAAACGUUUCUCUGAUUGUUCUGUCGUACUAUUCAUUGCGCUUGCCUUCUUCAGUUACAGGAAAUUUCCAAUUUGUUAAAAUAAAUUCUUCACUGAGGAGAGUAUCCAGACGUUGAAUCGUUUAUUCCGUUUACUAAACUUUGCAGACAUUUUUAAUAAAUUAAAAGAUAAGCUUUAACGAAAAAAAAAGGAUUUCACCACACAUUCUAAAGUCUCUCCUAAGAGAAAAAUUAAAAUCAUGUUUAUUUUUGGAAAUCUGUUUGCGGUAAAGAAACUCCUACACUACUUUAAAAUGGUAAAUGUGUUUUACCUAAAAUUGCAUUAAGUCGGUUAUUUCCAAGAGUUUCUGAAGGAAAAAUUAUCAUACGUUAGUUGGUUUAAAUCGUUUUGAUUAUUUAGCUGUUUUUAGUCCGUUAUGUUGGGUUAAGAGGUCAUUUAUUUGGAAGUGCUAUGUAAUUACGUCGCAGUUGUAUGUGCAGGAAGAUUACACCAGACGUUUACCAUGUUUACAUGCAAAGACAAAUAUCAUUUAAAGGAAAGAACAGGCUAACUACCCUAUCUUUGAGAAGAACGUCUGUGUUGAAACAAGAUCUAUUAGCACUUCCUUGGUUUACGAAAGCUAUACAAAUAGUGCACAUGUAACAAAGAAUUUACUAUUUACCGAUAUCUUUGAUAUUGCUGAGGCAAAGAACAAUCUCGCUUAUUUUGAAAUUGAAACAUUUCAAACAAAAAGCUUUUCCACAUGAUUUUGAAUAUGUAACAUGGUACCAGUAGUCUAAACGAGGAUAUGUUUUAUCAGAUGAAGUUAAUUUUGCCCUUUGCCCAAGCCAUGCUCUCAACAUUUUGUCUUCCAAGUUUUUUUUUUUUUUUUUUUUUUUUUUUUUUUAAUAAACGGGUUGUGCACGCAAUGAGGUGAACUGGCCAUUCGCGACAUUGUUUAGAGGAUUCCCCUUGGAUCCAGCAAAGUUGAUAUCCACAGUUGUGUAGGGAUUUGUAGGUCAUAUAUCAUACCAAUAAUGAAGAAUUUAAGGUUUUGCGUAUUUUUCUCAAAACGACAAAGUUCGUUUAUUUUUAGUCAACAUAAUUGCAUUGUUUUUCUCUUGUUUUGUUUUUCUCUCUGGUGGUCAAACUUAUUCAUUCACCGUAGAAGUGUUAAUGGGGCAGGUUAUGAAAGGAACUUGAGCUGUAUAGCACGUGUGCAUACGCCCAUUCUCCAGGCCAUAAGUCAGUUCUUGCCGUUUCAUCUAGGACCUUCUUUAGAGCGACUUUUCCCGUAAAACUCUGUGAAGAGCAAUAGAAAUCUGGCGUUGUUAUUUAUAAAAUGACUCUCAUUUUACCGGAAGGCACCAUCGAUGAUUUUUUCCUCCAUCAGUCAAAAAUUUGAUUCCAACUUUUCUGAAUAAUCUAACAAAAAGUAGUGAUUAGUAACAAAUUCUCCCACCCAGAAACAGACUCAGUGUAUCGAUGCAUGAAAGGAGAAUUUUUAAAAUUAAAAGUAAGAACUUAACGAGUAGAGCAAUAAAGACCAGAAAUGUUCAUUGGCAUAGUAAUAUAAAAUAAAUAAAACUAACAAGUAUUUUAUCAUUUCCAACCAUAGCAUAUCGUACUUUUCUUUUUUUGUACAUAUUUUUAGGUUAAUUUAGUUUUCUGUUGUUUAAGCGCAUCAGUCAGGUUUUGCUAACGACUUGUUUGACUAAUAAUUAUUCAAAAGCAACGAAGAGACCUUUCUUAAUGAGGUGUGUCUUAAAUAUGUCGCGUCGGAUAAAUCAAGCUAACAAGUAUCUCAUUCACCGAUUUUUUCGUAGGAAAUUCCUCGUCGUAACUUGGCUGAGCGACAUUUUGUGUGCGACGCACCACGUUUUGAUACGUAGCAGUGCUAAGAAACACGACCUUGCGUCAGGUUGGAUUUAAACCACAUAUCAUCAGUUCUUAGGUAAGUUGAGAGUAGCUUAACACAAAAGAGAAGUUUUGGUAGCAGGUGGAACAAGUUAAAGCAAGCUUGUCAACCGUGUAGUAGCGCGUGCAGAUGCCGGAGCUGCAGGUAGUCUCGUGUGAUAAUUCUCGGUCAUUUGGCGAAACGUCCGCGCGUCUAAGAUUACAAGCCCCCCUCUUUUUAUCCACGAUACUGAGGUUUUCUUCUAUGCUCAUGUGGGUAAUUUCGUGAAUGUUCCAAACUGUUAUUUAGAAACGCCAGAUUGAAAAUCAGCGUUUUUUUUGUGAACAGUUGUUUAUUUUGUUGUUGAGAAUUUACUCAAUGACCUUCAAAAGUUAAGUUAGCGGUUAAGUUUACCCGGAGGGGUUGGCUUUAUGAAAGGUAUAUAAACUUUCUUCAUUAAAUAUAUUGAAUUACAGAUAAAAAUGCAAAUUUUCUUUUGAAACAAGUCCAAAUAUUUAUGGUUAGCAUAUAUCUCAAGAAAAAAAUAUUUGCUUGUCAUGUUUGAAAAGUCUUGCAUUUUCGUGAAAAAUGUCUGCACGGUUAAGCGAUCGCAAACAAAUGCGCCGCAAAAAAUUACAUUGUGGGAAAUGAUAUUCGCUUUUGGGGUUUGGUGUAAAAGAUGAAUGAAUCGCACAAAAAACCUUUCGUCUUUGGUUGAAAUGUUACAAAAACAGGAAAAAAAAUCAUGGACUGUAGAAAUUAAUUGUAUUUCUACGAGGAAGUUGCGUACAGGAAAACACACCCGACAUAUUCCAAGUUCGUUAUCAGGACUAAUUACAGGCGAUGUGUUUACUUUGCAAGAGUGCUGUUCAGGUCAUCCCAAUAUUUAUUUUUCUCCCACUGCUUUCGAUAGCUCACUGUUUACUUGUGUUAUCAUUCAGAUUUUAUUGACUUUGAAAGAGUAGGUGUUCAUGUUUAUUUUCAACUCUAGACGUAGAUCUUUUUCCCGCUAAAAACAUGGGAAAGACAAGGCAAAUUUUAAUAAGGGUUCAGUGCACUGUUUGGAAGUUUGUUUGAGAAAAUCUGCUUUGAAAUUAACUUGACUAGUGUGGUUUAGAGCUGUCGCUUGAGGUUACGAUAUCGCAGUUAUAGAAUUUUCUCACCCGAUGUUUCCUUUCCAUUUUCAAAAAGGUUUAAAUGGAACAAUAAAAGUAAAAAUCUGCGAAUGAAGUACCAUUUUACAUGUUUAACUGAGCUUUACUGAGAUUCAGUUGUCACCUGCUUUACCGAGUUCGUUGUCUUCUUUCACAAUCUAUGACCAGUUUUCUACCCGCUAGUCAUCUUGCGCGCCUAUAAAGAAAGAAUGGUUCACCGAAAGCUCGCAAAAUUGUCAUUAUCCGGACAGAUGGAGUCUUUCAAAGUCCUGACAGGUUACUGGUGAAGUUUUAAAUAUUCAACAGUGAUUAUAAUCGCCUAUCUUUUGUUUUCUUUCUCCGCCCAAUCCAUUGAGGCUAGAAUGACGGGGGAAAAGAAAUUAAAGCUGUGUGUCAGUUUUCAUGGCUUGGCUGUAAAGAAGUAAUUAGUGAACAUCAGUUCUGCUCAGAACUUGUCAAGUGAAUCUGAAAACUCGUCGAGAAGAAACACUUUGUAAAGACCUCGACCGUGACGGAAGGACUUAAUAGGCUUAAUGUUUGUUGACUUUCCCCGAACAAAAGAGCAAAUAGCCCUCAAGAGCUGGUGCGGCGCUCACCCUUAGCUAAUGAGCGGUUUUACAAACUGUUUAUUGUUCAUUGAGCGAUUUUCAGAAAACGACACACAAAGGCAAAGCCCGGACUCGCGUUCAUUUUUGAGGUUAGUGGAAAUUUAUUUCCAACUUAGACCGCGAACAUUUUUUAGAAUCAGCAAAGCUUGAAUUAUCGCAUAUACGUCUUUGUUUACUCUACAGUUCAGAACUCAAAACAUAAAUAUUUGGCGAUUUACCAAAUUGAUGAACAAAAUUUCGUACUCCUUGAUCACUACAGAACUCAUUAUUUAACUUGCAUAGCCAUAAAUGUGUAAAUGGUUGCUACUUCUUUGAUGCUGUUCAAAUCAACCGUUCCACAGUUCCAUAGUUUCCAAUUGAACUAGGAGAGCAUAAAAUCUGAAAGCUAAAUAUUUGUUUUAUGGUUCGACAAGUUGACAAUUUAAGAUAUUUGAGAAUACUCGCUGAUUUAAGCGAAGACUGGCUUAUGUGUUUACUUAAGUUGCAUGAAGCAAUGAACACAAUUUCGCAGAUCGAAGUAAAUCAAUAAACGUAUUUCAUAUAACUCAGAGAGUUGACUUACAAACCAUCCUACUCUCAUAGCAGAAGUUGUUACUAAUUGUCGAUUAUAAAUUGGUGAUACACCAGGUAUGAUUACUGUCUUUCAUUCUUGGGUUUUAUCAGUCAUGUUUAAAAAGACUGUCAGAGUGUAAGGCAAUGAGUUAGGCUCUACAAGGUUGCUGAACGAAACUUUUUUUCAAGCUCGUAAGUUUGGCUUUGUUUUCAGAAAUGUCUGAAGAUGACAUUGAAGGGAAGCAGGUACUAUGUAAUUGCAAUAGCCCCAAUUUCAAAUCAUUAGCAAUGCUGUAGAUCUCUCCCUACGAAAAGGGACUUACGAGAAUUUGGAUCAGUCUGACGCCCCUUUCGAGUUGCCUUCUUCGACAAAUUGCAUCGGCAGAAUGGUGCAAGUCCCACCCAUGAUGCAUGGAAAUAAGUCACACACGUUUUGCAUUAUGUUGGAAGUGUAUCAAUAUUAUUUAAGUUUUUCACAGUCAUUUCAGCUUUGACCUCAACUUCAAAUUUCCCAGGAAGAACUGCUCUGAAUGAUGGCUUUUUAUCGCCAUGAACUACAUUUUUCUUCAAUAACAAAUUGAAACAUGGAUUUACAAUCGUUUUAAAUUUUUUUUGUUCCUGAGGUUGUACUAUGAAACUAUUGACAUGACCACGCUGAGAUUUUAUAGUUCUGUCCUACGUGUCCCAGUGAUUCAGUGCACCGAGUGUUCACCGUUUUUUUUUUGAGUAGAGCAACAUAUUUUGAGGGUGACAUGUAGCAUGUAUAUACAUGCUGAAUAUACUGAUCAUCUUAGCAUACCCAUUUGUGACACAGGAUCAGGGUUAAAACCACUAAAUAUUAAACUGUGGAGGAAAUUUUUAUCACUCUUAAAACGACAUACAAUAAUGAACAAUUUCAGAUUAUCACAUCUACGAUAAAUUUUGUUGUAUGGGCUUAACAAUUUUCAGUAUAUAGUUCUUGAACUACCUCUUCUUCGAUUUGAGGACCGUUUGCUCAAUUUUGAAAUUCCGUAGCUUUUAUGGGGGAGGGUCUAUUCCUCAACGCCUAUGCUUCCUAGCAUGAUACUGUCGCAAAGUAAUCAUGAUUGCAUUCUUCAGUAUUUAGUUACUUUUAAGGUAAAAUUUGAUUAAAAGCUAAUUCUCAUGUUUUUCUUUCUUGAAUGAGAUAUUGAACAUCCCUGGAAUUAAUUCCUCUCUGAUUUUAACAGCUUCUUACUCUUAUAUUCUCAUACAAAUAGAUAUAUCAUAUCCAUUGGCUAUUCGCUCCGUGAAGAAUUCAGACUUGAUAUUAUGAUCUGAUAUUCCGUCUUUUGGUCUACGGUCUAAUGUAUGGCCAACUAAUGUAUCCCCGAUGCAUAAGCUGUUCAAUUCUACAAAUCAGGAAACUUUGAUUUAGAUGCUAAAUACUACAAAUAAAAGUGAACCGAAUAGAGGAACGAUCCAAGCAAUCUGCUGCCAACGUAAGGGAACGUUAGGCGAAACAGUGUGAAAUCCUAUUCUGGUAGUUUCUUUGUGACCAAGGUUUCCAAGCUCGGUACAGGGUCUUGAAUGUAGGAGAACUAAACUUAUGGAAAUCUGCAGAUGGAGAUAAUUGGCUCAAUUGCUGGAUGUUAUCGUAGUAAUAAGGCUGAAUUUAUGCAAAAGACUGUUUUAUUUGUGCGUUCAGAUAAUUUUCAGUUUUAAAGCAAGUACACAACAAUUGCUAGCCCGUACAGAUCAUGUCAUGGUACGUUAUCUUUGAGUUUGAAAAAUGAAAUUGUCAGGAUGCAGUCCUAAUUUCGUGCACAGUAGGGUUUAUAAACUUCAGGUUUUCACAUUAAGGUAGCUUUUUGGGCGAUUAAAAAUUUCCUUGAUAGAAUUUGUUGUUGCGUGUAUUACAUACAAGAUCAGUAUUCGUUCCAUAUAAAGUGUUGAUGUUAAGAUAAUGCAAAUUUUUGUUUAAGCUUAAAGUCAGAAAUGAGUCGUAAUGAGUUGAACUGCAGCUGCAGCUGAAUGACGAAUUACAUACAAAAAAAUUUAGCCUUUUAGUUCAGUUUUUCUGCUUAAAGCAUAUUGACUCGAGAGAAAUUUUCUUAUUUCUGUUAAGUGACUUGAACUAAGGCAAGCAUGUAGUUGCCACCAACCAAAUAUGUUGCCUUUUUUCAGUUUUUUACAAAGUAAUGUAUGUUGUAUUUGUAUCCUUCCUUCGUUUGGAUUUUUUUCCAUUUAUGGUCCAAUUUGAAUAAGCUGAAGAGGCUGCGAUAUAAACUUGGAAUACCUUAUUUUGAGCUAUCUCAGCAAACGUUUUGUUGUCUCAUCUAUCCAUUUAAGUAGGGUAAUUGUUAAAGCAAAUUCAAAACAUUUUUUUUCGUUAGAGACAUUUCAGUUGUGGCCAAUUUUCACGUUUCCAGCGGUGAUAAGUCUGUGACUAUGGAAUAAAAAUUUAUGAAAAUAUUCUUGCGUAGAGCUUCUUUUGACUGAAAACGAAACCUUGCAGUUCGGUUAAGCUUCGUAAUUAACUUUUUUAUUUAAAAAAUCAAACUUUACUAAAGAUCAUUAUCCUGCUUCUAAAGCGUAUUUGAUUCUCCGUAACAUCUAGUGAUUCGAUAUCUACUCAUUUCAUGGAAGAUGCCCCUAAGUUGAUAAUGAAAAUGAGUAGAAAACUAUCAACAGUGAGCCUUAUAGACGCUCAUUUUCAGCAGAAGAAGCAAACUCAAGUGAAAUGAUUUACUUUCGCUAAGGAAAAACUUGGGAAUUAAAGGUGAGGCACGUGCCAAGCAGCACUUUUUUUCCGAACAAUAAUGAGAAACUUAAUACAGUUUUGAUAUUGGCGUAAUUAAAGCACAAUUAAACUUUAAUUAGGGUAGCUUUGCGAAGAAAGCUAAGUAAACAGCUAAUCACGGUCGUCUGAAGAUCAAAGAAACUUCAGAUUAAUUGAAACUUAAAAAUUAUCUCUACCCCUUGUGUUAAAAGUACUUCGUUUUUAUUGGGUCUCAAAUGUUACGCUUAUUUCGGAGUAUGUGUCUUUUCAAUUUUUUUUUUCCGUUUUAGCUCAUAUUGUUUCUUCCUGUUUGUCAAAGAAUAACGAAAAUACACUCCUGUUUUCUAUAUCUGAAAGAUUAAGCAAACGUUUGGCAAUGUAUGUUGUGUUUGCGGGGCUAUUUAUAUAGAUUCAGUAAACUUUUUGUAGGAAAGUAAAAAAUUUGGGUUCAUGUUCAGUCAGUGAUUCAUCUCAUAAUUGUUCGGAAUCUCAAAUGGAUGAUGAAUAUUAAAUGUGCCUGAAAUGAGCUAGUUUGAUGAUGUUCAUGUUUUGAUACUGAGUGAGUAUUUAGGAUUUAAAUUAAUUUUCCACCUGUUAAAAUUUCCUCCAUUUGGUUAAGAAAGAAGUGUCGUUUUAAUGCGGUACUUCAAGUCGGAGAUUAGUAACUCUGUCACGUAAUUUAAACGUGUGGAGAGGAACAUGCUUUAGUUCUCUUAUUUUGAAAGGUCUCACGAUUUACAGUUCAAACAUAUGGUAGACUCGUUAGUUUCUUUAUUUAGCAUUUCCAAUACUACCUACUCAUACGUUCGUGAUGUUUUGAGAGGGAAUGUCGGCCAACUCUUCCGGUUUUUUCCGACAGGUAACUACGAAGCCUUUUCAUCCCGGGUAAAGUGUUACCGUAAUAGUGACUAUUGUGAUUUCGAAAGCCUCUUUUCAACUAAGAGUAAGAUACAAAGUAACAAGAAUAUCGUCCAUUUUUUCAUUCUGUAGCUGUUCUUUAGUUCUUAAAACGUGACUUUAAAACAUUCUUGUCACAUUAUUGUUAACAGGGUUGACCUUCUACAUGUGGAAAAUUUAAACAAAAUUAUGCAACAGUUUUUCAAGACCGCCAGAAAUAGCUAGACUAGCCGUUAGUAUAUUUCCCUUUCUGCCAUGCUUUUUAGAAACUUAAGUUUUCUCUAAAGUUUUCACCUUACGGUAACGAACCACUUAGGCUUUGUAAUUUAAAAGGUAAAAUACUUGACUUUUUUUCACGGGCUUCACAACUGCGUUAGAGGCAAUAUUACGCGUAGUAAGGUACAAGCUGUUCUUUUCAAGCAAAUUCUCAUGUUACUGUGUCAGAAAAGGUCGUUACUACAGGCGACUGCGAAAGUAUUAACCGCCGAGCGUCUUUUCAAGUGAAAGGCUGUGUAAACACGCCUUUGUUUGAGACGAACAAGGCGGAAUGACAAUGACUUGACCAGGGCACUAAUAACAAAAACGUAAAAAAUGUUAAACGAUGUGGGAAACAAAGCUGCUGAGUUAAAUCUACCUUGGCUACAAUUUUCGAGGUUGUUACAAUGUUUUGUAAAAAAAGGUCGGUACUUGCUAUCUCAGUGGAAGGAAAAAGAUUCUGAAGUUUUGCGACAUCAUUAUUGCGUUGACUCAACAGAUUCUUGCCAAUAUAUUUUCCUGUUCAGCGGCGUCGCCUCAUGCAAAGUAGUUAUUAGUUAUAACUUGUAUCUCUUCAAGGCAAGGUUAUCGCUGAGCUGUUUUUAGCAGGUGUCAAAGACGAUUAAUGCCGAGCACACGUUUUUGUCUCGCCACGCGGCGAAUGAAGAUAACACAGCACACCUUUAGAGCACGAGCUAGGCGGAUAUUGAUUGAAAAGAGUCCUCACAGAGUUCUCAUUAAAUGCUAUGGGAAAACUUAAACUCAAAAUGAAAAAAAUUGGGUUUCUGGUUCUAUACGAAGCUGUCAAUAACAAAAUAUGAUGCUUUCACGAACUCAUAUAAUUAACAAUUUUACCUAACUGGUAAAAUUACCAACAGGCUAAAAUUUAUACUCGAAGGAAACAAAAUUAUGUUUCACUUUAGGUGAAUGUUACGCAGUUAGCACACCUCAGCGUGAAAAAUCUCUUCGCUUUGUCAGUUAAUUAAAAAAGAGAAUGAACUUGGAGAAAAAAUAUCUCUAGGAGCAACGGUUGGGAAAAGUUACGAGAUAACUUGAUGAAAUCUGCGAUAAUGAAAAUUUUUGAGGUUCAUUUCGACAUGUCUCUCACUCGUUUGUCGAGAUGUCACUCAAGUCGUCAAAAAAGACUCAUUUGUGCAAAUAAACAGACACGUUGCAUCGGCUUAAAAUCGGAACGAAUUUUCCUUAACCAAAUUUUACUUAUUUUUCUCAUUUUCCCCAAGUACACAGUAGAAUAUUUAAGGUUGUUUUAAUCGCUUAUUCACCUGUGCCUGAAGACUCAUUAAAAGCCAUUUUGCUUUCACCUCAUCUUGGUAACCACACAUAAAAGAUUUUUUGAAAAGAAUAAUGAAAUAGUAUCAACGUCGCACCGUAUCCCAAACUACCACUACGCUUAAUAAAUCUGUUUGUUUAACAAAACCACCAUCACACAAUUCUAACUCGUUAUAUUACGCAUUUAAAAGGAAAUAGAAAAGAACGAUUUCAUGAAAUAAGUUAAGCUGAGUUCAAAUUAAAAGUUUUUCAAGGAUUUCGCACUUAGUGGAGUUUUAAUAGAGUGCUAGGUUAGGAUUUAGUGUAAAACUUUUUUAAAUUACAGGUAGGAAGUAAAGUGAAUGACAGCGAAAAAAACCUAUAUUUAGGCAAUCUGAAGAAAAUGUUCGAUGUCGGUUUUCUUUGUUAGUAUACUUGAAUAUGUUUAGGCCGCAAAUAUGUCACUGUUUCAUUGAAACAAAAAUAUUUUGCCGACAAAGAGAAAAUUAUUACGUGACAAAUAAACGACAAAAGAGACAGAGUCAAACAUUGACAGGAAAACGACCAAACUGCUAAAUCUGAGAGAAGGAACAAUACAUAAAAAGAGACGAUACAAACCAAACAUUUACAGAGUGUCAAGAAAAGUGAAAUGUUUAGCAUAAAAAUACGAUUUUGAUUGACCAAUCGCUUGUGAGCUUAGAGAGUUUACUCAGAGCGCUUGUGAAUUUUAAUUGGCGGACAAAAUAGGAAGUCUGCAUAAUACACAAAGAGCUGUUAUAUAAAGAGAGACGCCUCUUACACCUAAACUCAGUUGUAAUUAAACAACUUUCAAGGCAGUUAAGAAUUCCCAUCAACAAGACUUUCAAAGAGAAACGACUCAUUUCACAAACAUACUGACCUGCGAAGCCGACUUUAGCUUAGAAAAGGUAAGUUGAGUUUGAGGAAUUUUUUUCAUAUAUAUUCAUUAUAUUUUUGUUAUUCGAGAGAUGUUAGAGAGUCUGCCAGAAGUGCCAUAGUUUUUUCAAGGAAGAUUGAACGUAGACAUCGACGGUUCAACCGAAUCGUGAUAAAUGUUAUUGCUGGAGCCUAUUUCGUUAGAAACUUGUGGGUUGGCAAACGACAGAGCAAACAAGAAUUCUCCUGGUUGUUGAAUGUUUAUAAGGCUACCACCGUUUCAGUUUGAACAAUCAGAAAUAAGAAUACAACUUUAAGUCAAUCUUGACUCAGGGAAAACUUCUUGUAUUGCCAACGAGAGACGUGAGCGGCGUAAAAGAAGACUUCUAGCUGCCUAAAACUCGGUUUAGUCCAAUGAAGAAUAAGAAAGAUGGGUUGUUUUCUGGUAUUGGAUAAACUACGGUUCUUUAAAUAAACAAAUCGCUCGUUUUCUCACAACGAAAUACGUUUUCGUUUGGUAGAUAUAUUUGUAAUGUUUAAGCAAGCAAUUCUUCGCGACUUGUUGUGUUCGGUAAUUUUUUUUCGCUCGGUCCAAUAUUUGGACUGUUUUGUUGAGUUGUGUUUGCAAAUUUGAUAUGGUUGUUGGUUAAAGAAAGCUAACUGUUGAACAGUUAAACUUCAGUGAGCCCGCCAAAAGUCAUUGUCAUGUUCCAUUUCCCGCCAACAAAUGUUGAAAUCGUUGAUUGUGGCUUACGUGUUGAGAGUUUUAGCCGUUGUAACUGUCUUCUGUAAGAUUUGGGGAAAAUUUAAACCGAAAUAAGUAGAUAAGUGUUUGAUAAUUAAGCGCCUUAGGGCAAAUAGCUAUCUUAACUUUUUGUCAUCGAAACUAAAGAUCAAAAGCCGAUACAGAUGAUGCUAUUUACGUACGAAGCCAAAGAGGAACAUCGCAAAUCACCAUUACAGUUCGUUAUGAAGGCGAGUGAACCCAAAAUGUACACAUUUCAUUUGAACAUAUUUUGGCUGUCCAGGCUCUACUGUUCUUCAGUGUUAUCGGAGGGUAUUUCUACCUAAUUUUUCGGACUGAGUAAGCCUGCUUUCCGCGUUUCUCAAAUAUUUAGAAACCGCUGUUUAAAGUGCGAAUUUAUCUGUCAGCACGUCAGUAGAUUUGAAUUACAGUAGCCUCCACAGGAUUUCGUGCGUAACUGCUUUUCCUGGGUGCAUAAAGCAUGUCAAGCAUCUAAAUAAACGAUGUUCACAUCGCCAAAAAUAAACUACGGAACAAUUCAGGCAAUGGUCUAUGUUUAGGGCCUUACGAUGUCCAGUAAAUAAAGACUGUUCAGAGAACACAAGGUUCGCCUUAACGGACUCCAUAACAUUUCUUAGUGAGCAAAAUCGUUUCUUUCGGGACAUAAAGUUCUACAAACACAUUAUAUUAGCGCCUGUGCAAACUUUCCGCUGUAACUCACGUAUUUUAAAACCAAUUUUUCAUGUAGUUUGGAGACAUCUCGAGGUUGAUUUUAGAGUUACACACUGAAUCAUCUGGGAAAAACUUCAACAAAAAUUUACACUUGCAUAAAAUAAUCAUAAACUGCGGAUGAUCGAUCUACAAAUGUGGUUUGUUUACUCUUGAAAAGUCACAGAAGACAUAUUAAAAUUUAAGCUCAUUUUCAAAACAGAAGGAACACUUUCUAAAGUUGACAGCUUUGUUCCUUAUUAGAAAAAUGAAAUGUCGUAUAUUAUCUCGCAGGAAAUUACAAGUAAGAAUUACUAAGAGGCGUCACUACAGUGCACAUAAGUCCACGCGAAAGUCUGAUAUUUUCCGUCGAAGUAAACGUAUUAAAAUUGAAGGGCGCAAAAAUUAAUGAACACUCCACAAAAAACUGGGACCAUUGAGAGCAAAAUGAUUGCAAUUAGUGGUGCGCAUCAAUUGCUAGUCGGCUGUCGAGUACUUCCUUUAGUUAUUGAAUGAAGAAUAAGAGUUUAGUGAGAUUAGCGCAAAACCAACAUAAGCAAGGUUAUAACAUACGGCUCUUCUCGACAGGUGUGUCAGUUAAAUUAAAUUUAACCAAAAAUUCGAUUCCCUCCUAAUGUAGGACCAAACUAGUGAAGGAAAGAAUGUUGAUAAAAAUUUCUCAAUCACCGAUAAACGUUUUUAAAACCGCAGGCACCUUUUAUUUCUUCAAAUUGUCAGGAUUGUAACUAUCACUUAGAAUUUCUAAAGAAAGCCGACUGCAAAGAAAAGCGUGCAUAAUUGAGGUGUCUUUUAUAUUCAAAGGGUUCGACCUAAAUAACGGCUCUACAUAAUAAGAAAAAUUGCGGUAGUUCACAGCAAGGCCAAUUAAACGAGAUUCCGUGAUGUUUGAAAAGCCCAGAUAGCUAAGAAUUACGGUGUGUUUAGCGCUUCCUUUAGAUUCCCUAGUAUUAAAGGAAUUGCCAUUCUAAAGUCUUUGAUAAUCCUUUAGUGACAACAUUCGGUUUCUACUCUCUAACAAAGUUUAUUGCUUACAUCAUGGCGCGAUGAACACCUAGUAAAUCGUCUUUAGACAAAAUAAAGACCUUUUUUUUUACAUCCAGGUAGGGUAAUAAAAGCUAAAUUACGGCAAACACUACACAAUACAAGCUUUUUCGACAACAGAUAGUGUUGCCGGCGCUAAGCAAACAGGUUAGAUUGAGCAUAAUAGAAACUACUCCUUCAGAGUACGAGAGGUUCUGAGGUCUCUUUACCUGGAAUAAAGUUCCUUAAUUCUCCCAUAUUGAUCGAGAACCAAGCAUGCAAACAUUUAUAAAUAGAAUCCUUAAACACUAAGGGUCGGAAACAACCAAAUAAUGUCUGUUUGCAAGGGUUAGCAGUGUUAAGUUGGUCGGUCAAUAAUUCAUCUUGUUCGAUUGCUCAUUUCAUGAAGAUAAUCUCGGUUGCAAGCGAAGAUCCAAGUUGUGGGAAAGUUUUGGCCAAGUUUCGUUUCUGCCGAGUGAAAUGUGGAAGUUGUGAAAGCUUGACACAUCUAUUCAAAAUGGGCGGCUUGCAAUAUGAAGGUCAUUUGAAAUUCUUACAAUUAUAAUCACUGUAGAUCUACAGCUGUCUGAAAAGGCACCUGGAUAUGGCUUUUGUGGAAUGAUUGACGCAACCCAAAUUUGUUAAUUAAUUGCCUCAGUUUCCGGAAAUGAGAAAUUGGAUUCUAAAAAUUUUACAUUUUUCUUUUCGUCCCACGCGCUGAUUUGGCCCUAUAAAAAACUUACAGAUUUUAUCGUUCCGUUUCUGAGAGUACAAAUGUCAAGAGGGAAGGAAAAAAAAAACUUAAGCAAAAAUAUUUUCUGUGAACAAACCAAUGUGACUUUCUUAGCGAAAUAGCCGUGAAUGAUCGAUUCAGACAAUUCAGGCAUCGCUCCAAUUUGACAGCAGUUUAGCAAAAGUGAUUAAAUGAAAGUCGUGUUUUUGUGUGUUAUUUAGGUCGCGUUUCUCCCGGACCGAUCUUAAUGAGUCAAGUAAACUAGGAACAAAGCGCUCAGCCAGAGGCUUAGAAUAAUUUAAAUUGAUGAUACAACGACCGAAAGAUAUCCUCGCAAUAAUGCCAGAACAGGUGCUUCCAGACCAGUUCCAAAUUAAAGCCGAGUGCAAGGUUUUUCUCUCUCUAAGCUAUUAAUCCUUGCAUUUAAAAAAGCCGGUGCCUAAGUAGUAGAAAAGAGCUUUGCGCCAAGUUAGUUUCCAGUGGUAAUUGCUUUUGUUUGUGGAAUUUAUAUUUGCAGUUGUUAUGCUAAUUGCGGAGGCCAAUAGUAGGCCGGCAAGACCUAGGUUACAGCUAGGCUCUACAAGAAUGUUAAGCGACCCCGGUUUUUCGUGCGGUCAGUUUUUGACGUGAAUAAUUUGAGCACUCAAACGCUAAAUUGCAUAGCUUUUAAGGUGUUGUGUGAUGACGGAGGGCUUUUACCGCUCCAAUCUAACCAUCCUUCCUGUUCUUUCAAAGAUAUCAGCACCUUUAGAUCUUUUGCCAUUAAUGUUAGUUUAUCCUGUGCGAACGGUGAUCUUUGUGUAGUGUUGACAUUAAGGAUACGAGAUAGGACCGAACCAUAAAGUGUCCUAUCGUAAUAAUUGUAUUUGCUCAUGAAUUAUGAAACGGCAAUUUGUUUGUAAGCCUUCGUGAUGGACAAGCGAUAAUGGACCCCACAACUUUUAAUAAAAUGUCUCCCCACGGGUGGUCGCAAAGGCCCCUAUGUCAAUAAACGUAGCAAGGCUCCAAAGGGCUUUCCCAUGGAACAAUAGCUUGGGAGGGGCUUACAGACAUGUCACGUUAAGCCUGUUUACGAACUGUCACUAAAAAUAAAACUUCUUAUUACUAGGAAAAAAGAGUAAUCUACGCUGGUCUCCGUGGCAGAAGGACGUGACAGGACGGUACGAAGCUACGUUCAGUCACCAACCAAUUUUUUUUUAACACAGUCGACGUGCUAGUACAAUAGAGAACAGGCUACAUCAUGAUGGAAGCAAUGAAUCCCGGCAAUCCUGCAGCCGCUAUGGGAGUCGGAAACCCGCAAGCACAAGGCCACCCUUUGGACGACAGCAAGAGUAAGCAGGCGAAAGAGAAAGUUUACCGCCGAAGUUACACUCACGCUAAACCACCUUACUCUUACAUUUCGCUGAUAACAAUGGCCAUCCAACAGUCGCCGAACAAGAUGCUUACGCUCAGCGAAAUUUAUCAGUUUAUCAUGGAUCUGUUUCCGUUCUACAGACAAAACCAGCAGCGGUGGCAGAACUCCAUACGACACAGCCUCUCGUUCAACGACUGCUUCGUGAAAGUUCCUCGAUCGCCAGACAGGCCUGGUAAAGGGAGCUACUGGACACUUCAUCCCGACUGUGGAAACAUGUUCGAGAACGGCUGCUAUCUACGCAGACAGAAACGCUUCAAGGCGGAUAAAAAGCCAAGCCUGAGUGACCUUCCUAAGCCUGGGUUGUUGAGCCCGGUUGUUUCCUCGAUGCAUCAUCAAAAAGUCCAAGGACCCAAGAGUUUAGGAGCACCCAGCUUUCUUGCACCGUCUCCCUACAGUGCUAUGAGCGCAAUGGGCGCCAUGGGAGCUAUGGGAAUGGGAGCAAUGGGCUCAAUGUCUAUGAACAAAUCAUUUAAUCAUCCAUUCGCCAUCAAGAACAUCAUCGCCUCCGACCACGAAGCCGACCUCAGAGGCUUCGAUCCAAUGCACUUUAGCCCGUAUCAUCCCGCAGGAAUGUCUUCAUCCAUGUCUUCUCUAGGACUACCAAAACCUUACGACACUAACCCUAUUACGACAGAGCCCAGUCCGUAUUACCAGGGCUGUGUGUUUACACCGUCUAGUUGCGCGGGAAUAGCAGGGUUUUCAAACAUUUCAUAAACUGAUAAAUGAACCAUUCAGGGAUGUCGGACGCUUAAAUUAUGUACUAUUUCAGGCGCUCAGGAGUUGCCUUGUAAAUUGAGUUAUCUGUUAUGAUACAGUUUGCCAGUGUAUACGAAUUAAUACUUAAAUUCCAAGGUGAUUUUGUUGAUUAUAUGUCAAAUAGACGUUUUUUUUCCCUGCCAAAGAAGACCAAAACAUUGGAGCAAAUAUAGAAGAAUUCUAUGAAAGUUAAAGAAAAUUAUAAGAAGUGUAAUAUAGCUUGUACCAUUUCAUUCAGUCGUCGUGCUCACUGUGAUUAUAGAGUAUUUUGACGAAAGUAAAUGUAUAAAUCAAAAUAUUUUGAAACUGAAUUAAUCGGAAGACGUGAUCGUUUAAGUUAUGUUUGGGGGCAAUUCAAAAUUAGGAGCAUUUGUUGCAAACUCAGUACGUUAUUGUUUAGUG